AUGUGCCUGAUUGUCCAGCGGGCAUGGCGACGCACGAGCACGAGACCACAUCGUGUCGCGGCAACACAGCGGCGCUUCAAGACAUUUGAGCGCCGAGUGGACAAAAACGAGGAUGUCUACUACACAAUAGCCAAGCGUCGGCCUGUUCAAGCUCCAGAUGUGGCCCCAAGCAGCGAGCAGUUCUUUGAGAUGCCCAGUCUGCUACUGGACCUGGACGCCGAGGGAACUCGCAGUGUGCGCACCUUUGACGACAAGGACGAGGAGCUGCAGUUCGCCAGAUGGCGUAUCAAUCCCAAACGAGAAGAAGUCAAAUUGACGCUCGAUGUGUUGGAGGCCAAGUUGAUUGAGUUGCGCAAAAGAUCGCGAGACGUUGCUGCCAACUCGUUGAACAUAUGGAAACUGACUUCUCACGAUAUCCUGUCUGCUGCACUCCACGGGCCACUUGAAAGUGACAGUGCCGUUAGCACAGAGCAUCAGUGUCCCGACACUCUCGAAGGCUCCCGCAUGAUUGAUGUUUUGCGUCGUGAAAACGGCAUUCCGAGCCAUGUAAACGUCUCAAGCACGCUAUUGUUGGAAUGGAUGCUCUUGAGGCGCUACAGUAUCGACAAAGCGAAGGGAAACAUGAACGAAGCAACGCUGAGCUCUACCGAACUCGUAGAGGCCCUACAGGAACAGUCCUCAAUUAUCGGCAUACGACGCCUACUACGCCAGAAUCUCUGGACUUUUGCAAGUUUCAAAGCACACUUUAACCCUGCCAACAGGGAAGCCGAUAAUGCCUCCGAUGUCGCUGGCAAGGUUCGGAAACGCUGCAUUGAAAUCCUGGACUCGGAAAACGCGCACCAAAAUCAAAUCACAAAUUGUCUCGCGCUAGUUGGCAGCUUGCUGGAGAGGCUUUCCAAGGUUGGCAUGGAGCCCGAUCACCGCUUACAGGGUCUGGCUCUCAGAGCAGCGUCCCGAAGUGGUUCGCUUGUCGUUCUUUCAGAAUGGAUUCGCCGUACUCAUGUAAGCAGCGGCUGGGAAAAGAGCCUGGAUAUUGUCCAAGACGCGACAGCAUGCAUGCAAAACUGUUCCAGGUUGCUCGCGACUCAGCCUGGAACGGCGGUCAGCCGUCAAUUACUCUUGCAACUGUUGACUGGCCUCAAUGAACACGAGCGGCUUGCGCCUGAGUCGCUCCGCUCGGUAUCUUUGAGCAGUAUCGGCCGAAAUACCUCGAAUACCGCUAUAAAACAAGCGUGCGAGGCAUUCGCGAAGCUUCUGGGAGAGUUGGGGGCGGUACGGACCUUGCUGAAAGAAUCAGAGUCCGCCUGUAAGUCUCUUCGAGAGGCCUGUAUUGAUAUUCUGAAGGGGACACCGAAGUACGGUGAGACUUUGAAGACUCAAGGUGUUAAGGCGUUGUCGAUUGAGGAGUGUGUUGUCCUUGAUUAUCACGAUAUUGCAGAGUAA